CCAAUUUAUAUUAACUCGUGCGACAUUGAUUAGUUCCUGGUGUUUGCGCCUCAUCCGAUCUGGUCGGGCCCGAAUCGAUCGCUGAUCCCAUCCUUCUUCUCCUUCCCUCUACUUCUCUUUUUGUUUCUCUUCCCCAGUCCUCCUCCCCCCCCCCAUCGUCGCCCACUUGACACUAACUAAAACACACGCCUAUAAUCUCGUCUUCAACGCGCCCUUGAGGGACUAUUGGCGCUCCAGACCCGGGACUCUUGGCCGAGCCAGCGCAUUCUCCUCCCACCACGCACUCGAUCCUCCGCCGCCGCCGCUGAAGGAAAUAAUUCCAGGCAGCCCGCGGCCUUCGACAGGCGACCCGUUCGCUGUCCUUAUCUAGUCAAAAGAGAGAGCCUUUUCCUCACGCGAAAGCGAGAUGGCAUCUUUCAUCACCACAAUCAAUGCUCGCACUCGCGCGCCCUUCAAGCCGCGGUCGGCAGCCAAGGGCACCACCAGCUACCAACUGAGACAAUUUGCGGAAGCGACGCUCGGCAGCGGCAGUCUGCGCAAGGCCGUGAAACUGCCCGAGGGCGAGGACUUGAAUGAAUGGUUGGCCGUGAAUGUUGUCGACUUCUACAAUCAGAUUAACCUACUGUACGGCGCGAUCACAGAGUUCUGCUCGCCUCAAUCAUGUCCGGAGAUGAAAGCGACCGAUGAGUUCGAGUACCUCUGGCAGGACUCGGAGAACUUCAAGCGCCCGACGAAGAUGUCCGCGCCCGAGUAUAUCGAACAUCUGAUGAGCUGGGUGCAAAGCAGCGUCGACAACGAACAGAUCUUCCCCAGCAGGCUCGGUGUUCCCUUCCCCAAAGCGUUCCCCAGUCUGGUGCGACAGAUCUACAAGCGUAUGUACCGGGUGUAUGCGCACAUUUACUGUCACCACUAUCCCGUGGUGGUGCAUCUCGGCUUGGAACCCCACCUGAACACCAGCUUCAAACACUACGUUCUGUUCAUCGACGAGCAUCGCUUGGCAAGCGGGAAGGAUUUCUGGGGGCCUCUGGGCGACCUGGUGGACAGUAUGCUGCGGAGUGACUGAUUUGCGGCUGACAGGCGAGCACACGAGAGGAUGAAGGAUGACGGGACCAGGGCGUUUGGGCGUGGAGGCAUUCGUAAAAGGGAACAUUUAAAGAAGGUCGUAGAGGCCGUCCGGCGUUUUUGUUUCGUUUCUGAUGAAGGUAUUGAGUUGAUGGGCAUUGCAGAUUACCGCUGUUCGAUGUUUGUAUGCGAAUGAAAGC